AUGAUGACGGAGGUAGAUGACACACCAUUGCUCCAGGCAGAGAAGGCAUCUCGAUACAGGUCGGCUGUGGGCAUUUUGCUCUACCUUUCGACAGACCUUGUCGAGUGCUCAUACACCAUCAGGGGCUUGGCGCAGUCUAUGAGUGCACCAACCGAAAGAAGUUGGACAAUGAUGAAACAUUUGUGUUUGUACCUACUUUCAGUACGUGACUUUUCCUUGCGUCUGCAGAUGAAAGUGAAUGGCCUCUGGUACUCACCACCCGACGACAAUGGAGUGGUGAUUGAACUGUUUUCAGAUUCAGACUGGGCAGCUCACAAAGGGCACAGGCGAUCAGUCAGUGCUGGAAUAGUUUGUUUCCAAGGUUGCCUUUUGCUUUCCACGAGCCGUACCCAGCGUGUGAUUGCCCUGAGCUCUGCUGAGGCAGAGAUUCAUGCUGCAGUGUCUACAACAUGCGAUGGUUUGCUUUUGCGUGUUUGCUUGGAGUUUUGCAUUGGAUGCAAAGUCAGGUUGAAGCUAAUUUUGGACAACAGUGAAUUGGCUGGUACAGAUGUGGUGACAAGGGAACGUGCAGCAGAUGAUGUCAGAGGUGUGUUGCGCAUGCUGCGUGAAAGCAUUGGUGAAAGAAGCAGUCACAAAACCAUGGUUGCAACGAAGCGCUCUCUGCAGACCUUGUUGCUGCUGAGUCUAGUGCAUUCUACAGACGCCUUGAGCCUGACGAGCCCAAUUUCCUUUUCAGUGCUUGAGCAUUUGCGACUUCACGGACUUUCAUGUGGGAUGGUUUCAAUUGUGAUUCUCUUUUUCAUGUUUGCCUCUCUGCUGAUUGCCAUGCCACCACGUCACAGCAUGUUAGAAGAGCCAGAGCCAGAAGACAUGGCUGGCAGUGCUGCAGCCUCUUCGAGCAGCCCUGCACCCAAAUACAACAAAGCGGCAGUGUACUGUUUUCUUUGCAUUUGCUUGAAACGCAGCUUAGAGCUGAUUGACGAGGCAGAAGCUGAGGAUGACAGAACAAAGACCAGUGCACUACAUGCAAUCUACGAAGUCUUCAUGGAUUUGUUUUGUGCGUUUGAGCGUGAUGGAAUCUCUCCUACAAGUUUGCAGUCGAUGAAGGACAUGCAUGGUGCUUUGAAUGUGCAUGACCCAGACUUCAAUGCCAGUGAUUUCAUGACGAUAGAGUUUGACGUUGGCUUCACCACACCGACUCUUGAACCAGAGAUUGAGAGCUUGCUUCCUCCUGAUCCACCUGAUGAUUUCUUUGCUGAAGAAAUGGCUCCUCCAUUUGAGCCUCGAAGCCCCGAGCAUAUGGCAAUGUGGAUGAUCCAACGAUUGACUGAGAAAUUGCGUUUUGAGAUGGAGUCUGGAAAUCCUGAAGGUGUGCUGAAGCAUGUAGAACGAAGAGAGAUCAUGGUGAACUUGUGCCGAUUCUGCAAUGAAAGACCAGAACAAAGAUUGGAAGUAUGGAAAAUGAUGCAAAGCCUCACAGACAUUUCCAGCGAUGAAGAGCCAGAUGACUAA